AUGCCACCACCACAAUCUUCAGUGGCAGCAGCUUUGGGUUAUCCGAGUGUAUCUUGCAUGUACUGUAAAAGCAAAAAGGUUGAAUGUGAUAAAUUAAUACCAUUGUGCACAGCUUAUACCAAAUCAAAUAAUAACUGUCAAUACACUUCUUAUUCACUUUCUCAACCUUUGAUCUAUGAUGAGAAUAAAUUUAUUAAUACAAGCACCAAUU